AUGGCUGCUGACCCUGCGCUCAAAGUCGACACCGCGCCUCCUGCUGCUGAUCACGCGAACGAGGCGGCUCCCGCGGUGAAGAAAUCAAAGGGGAAGGGGAAGGCCAAGGACGGGUUGAAGAAGCGCAAGGCCAGCGACGCCGACGACGCUGCUCCUCCUGCCGCUUCGAGUGCCGCUCAGGACGCUACUUCCGAGGCGAAUGGCGCGGCGCACGAAGCAAAGGAAGCGGAGGACGGCGAGGCUGCAGGCGACGACGACGACGAGCGACCGCUCUCCCGCAAGGAGCGGCGGCAAGCGAAGAAGCGCAAACUUACAGCCGACGCAGCAGGCGACGACGAGCUUCCUCCCCCCUCAAAACCCGCCAAAUCGUCGACCUCGACUUCCGCCUCCCAACCCGCUUCUGCGACGACUUCAAUCGGCUCGACCCUCGUCGGCAACACGCCGUCUCGUUCGGCGCAUGGUGUGUGGGUGGGCAAUCUCAACUUUGCGACGCACCCGAGGGAACUGUUGCAGUGGUUCAAGGAGCGCGGGUUGGAGGAGGUUACGAGGAUCAACAUGCCCGGCGGGAAGCGCCAGCACGAGAACAACCGUGGGUUCGCCUACCUCGACUUCCCCUCCGCAACGGACGUGACCAUCGCUGUGGGCCUCUCCGAGCAACACCUCGACGGUCGGAAACUCCUCAUCAAGUCCUCGACAGACUACACCGGCCGACCCGCGCCCUCCGCAUCCACUUCCACCGCCGCUCCCGGCGCUGGCGCAGGGACAGUCAAAGAAGUCCUCUCUACGCUCGACUCUUCCGCUCUCGAGCGUCCGCACCCCUCUGCCCCAACAGCAGCAACGACAGGCGAAGCCCCCGCGAAGCUGAACCGCACCGCACGCAAGAUCCUUUCGCGUCAGAAGAACCCCGCCGGUCCGACUUUGUUCUUGGGAAACUUGGGGUUCGAGACGACUGUUGAGGAUAUCAGGGAUAUGUUUGAUCGGAAUCAGAGGAGGGGGAGGGAGUGGGCUAAGGGAGGGGUGGAGGAGGAUGAGGAGGAGGGAGGGGAGAGGGAGGGCGAAGGUGAGGAAGGGGAGAAGAAGGAUGAGGAGGAGGCGAGCGAGGGUGGAGAGGGCGAGGACAGGCCGAAGAGCGACAAGAAGCGCGAGCAGAAGAAGAAGCGCGAGAAGGGUGCGCCGCUCGACCUUGCCAAGGCCAAGGACGCAGGGAUCCGCAAAGUCCGGCUCGGGACGUUCGAGGACUCGGGCAAGUGCAAGGGCUGGGCCUUCGUCGAUUUCCACCUCCCCGCCCAAGCGACCCGCGCCCUCCUCAACCUCCACAACCACCAACUCAACGGUCGCAAACUCAAUGUCGAGUACGCCUCGGCCGAAGCGGUUCGGCGAGGUGCGGUCGGGACGAAGAGCGGCGGCGGCGGCGGAGGAGGAGGGAGGGGCAAUGCGGGCCCGAGGCGGAGAGGGCCGCGCGAGGAGGGCGAGGAAGGAGAAGCGGAGGACGAAGAGCGAGGUGCGGGUGGGAAGAAGAGGCGCGAGAGGGAGUGGGACGACAGGGAUGUCAAGGCGCUUGCGGGGCAGGCUGGCGGCGAGUCGGGCUACGGUGGGCCACCUCCGCGCGCGCAGCGUGGACCCCGACCGCAGCGGGACGAUGCGAGGAAGGGCGGACGGGAAGACGGAGGAGGUGCGAAGAGGCCCAAGCCGGGCGCGGCGCUGGCCAUGGCCCAGCGUGCGAGCGAGGGGAUCGUCCAGAGUACGGGCAAGAAGAUCACCUUCGACUAA